CUCGAUUUCAAUCCACGCUCCAGUGCCGACGCAUCUAAGGUCCUCUAGCUCAAUCUCAUCCACACAACCCUUUUCCCGCAUCCAGCUCCUAUGGCACGAGGCAGACCGUCACGAGCUGCUGCUCGUCGCAGCACGCCCGUGAGAAGCGCCGCCCUGCAACAAGACUCAGACGAUGAAAUGGUCGACGCUCCGGACUCGCGCGCGGAGACUCCACCACAUGAAGAAGAUGCUGAAACCCCCGUUCAAGAAAGUGAUGGAGAAAAGGCUCCUUCCGAGCCUUCGUCACCCCCCGUUGUCCAACCCUUUCCCCGCAAAAAGCGCCUUGGUCGUCCACCCAAGAAUCGUCCUCCCGAUUGGAAUGUUAUUGAGCCCGACAAUGCCUCUGAAGGUGGCACUCCUGUAAAGCGCAAGCGGGGACGGCCUGCAGGUGGAGGAGGUUUCCGAGGACGAGCUCGAGGCGGCCCAUCGCAUACGACCAGAGUACCGAUUGACAAGGAGGGGAACAUGAUGGAUGUUGUUAACGACGAGGUUGAUUUGCCUGAGGAUUCUGAAGGGGAACAGAAGGUGGACAAAUUGGGAAAUCUCAAAGGAGGCCGAGAUUAUCGUGUGCGCGUGUUCAAAAUCACCGGAAGGGGCGACAGGCUGUACAUGUUGUCCACAGAACCCGCUCGCUGUACGGGCUUCAGAGACAGUUAUCUGUUCUUUACGAAGCACAUGCAGCUCUACAAGAUUAUCAUCGAUGACUCCGAAAGGAGGGACUUGAUCGAUCGGGACAUCAUUCCACAUUCCUACAAAGGCCGUGCGAUUGGUGUUGUUACUGCUCGCUCUGUGUUUAGAGAGUUUGGUGCACGCAUAAUCAUUGGAGGUAAACGCAUCAUCGACGACUACUAUGUUACUGCCGCUAAGGAGAGGGGUGAUAUUGAGGGCGAAAUCGUGGAUCCAAAUGAUAAGCUGCCACCACUUGGGGAACCUUACAACAAGAACCAAUACGUGGCCUGGCACGGUGCGAGCAGCGUCUACCACACUGGAGUCCCGAGUGUACCCACAGCAAAUGGAAAGCCCGUGCCUGGAAAGAGAAAGGUGAACAUUACGUCAGCGAACUGGCAAUUCGAACAUGGCCGUGCUGCAAGCCGCUUUAAUUCCUCUCUUUCUGCUUUGCGAAAGGCCAACAUGGCAGGAGUUUACGAACCACACACGAAUUUGAUGUGUUAUCCAAAGAUUACCCAGCCAACCCACGCACGGUGGGAAGAAAUCCCGGACGACCCUGAGGUUCCCGAGAUAGUCCGUCGAAAUUAUCUCCUUGUCGACACAUACAUUCAAUCACCUCCGUUCACAGGCCUAGGCAUCCCUGGACCAGAUGGAGACUUCUGCGACGUUGGACCGAACGGCUUGCCCGAUCUGGAAGAGGAAGAUCUCAGGCAGAUGACAUCGGAGACUCGGGAGGCCUUCUUACAAGCACAACGAGAGGAAUUGGAAUGGAAGGAACAGUGGCGCUCAGAGAGUAUAGACGGUUGUCGCGUGAAGCCCAAGAUAGGAUUCACAGGUGUACCGGUUUGAAGAAUUAUAAAAGAUGUGGGAGGCUUGGGAUGUAAGAUAUCCGUGUUAUGUCUGCGCUUUCCACCAAUCCACAUUGUACCUUAGGUAUUGUUUGGCUUUUCGGACCCAUUCUAGAGCCAUAGCUUCCUUUGACUCGCGUCCUCAUUCCCCUGUCUUCCUCGCGACCUUCUAGACGAAAACUGGAGCAUGUGAGGAGAUCGCCGACACCGCCGUUUUCUGAAUGAAGCAAGCACCCCAUGACUACACACAAUAAAGCUUAUUCACACUAGUCCAGCGUUAGCACAUUGGUACCAUGGAACUAAG